UUCGCCGUUAAAAUUCCAUGUCUUCACGGAAUUAAAUCAGUCACUUAUCCAUAAUUUUCACAAUGAUUUGUGCUAACGCGAUGGUAAUUUUGGUCAUUGGAUUCCUCUCAUGCACGGUACACGUCGCUGCAAAAUGGAAAGAAUAUGACGGGUGGCACUGGCACACUUUCGGGGACUUUACUUGGUUAAUGGACCUCAAGUACACCAUUCGUGAGAACGAGGGAUUCGCGAGAACGAGGGACGAACCUGCAGAAAGGGUUAAACGUUUAGCCGAGCGACCCAAGAGGACAUGGAUAUCCGAAAACCCUGGCAAGGACGAAUGUUUGCGCCUUCGACCUGGAAUUACGGAGUUGCAGUAUGGUUACAACCAAUUUUAUUUUCGUGAAAAUCCAUUCGAUCUAUUCCCAGACACCAGCCCACUUUUUCGAUUCACCUGCAAAUAUAUUGAUUCUAUCGAUGAGGAUUUCCAAAAACCCAAGCAAAUUUUACGGAUUAAAUUAUCACAAGAGUUUUCAAAUGUUAAGUUUAAAUGCAUGUGUUGA